CGCACAGAGCGCAGAGCGGCGCCCCUCCACCGCCUUUGCGUCAACCAUCCUCACACACACACAGCCAACUGACACAACACAACACCAGCCCUCGCAGCAUCCGCAUCUCGCGGCCAGGAGGACCAGGAGCACAUCUUCAUCCGAGCAUCCAUUCCACAACUGCCUACCAUCGUCUGCGCACCGCCAACACCAGGCGCGCUCAUCCAAGGCUUGCUUUUUUUCCGCUUCGGAUCGGAUUAUUUUUCAUUGUCGCAUUUAAUAUUCUCGGAGAUGGUUUUAUGUUUUUAAGGCGUCUUGUGAGGAAAAACCAGGAUCAAGCAGCGGAGCAGCAUCCUUACAGCGCAAUUAUACCCUCACCUGCAGAGGCCAUCAGCUGAAAUCCAACAGUCGAGGUGAUCGUUAUCCCCUCCGAGAGCUGCUCACAGGACAAUACUCUCCCAGGCUUUAGAUGCCCAGAGGCAGCCUGUAGCCCGGGACUCCCAGCUCCCAGAAGCACAGAGCCCCUCCGGAUCUCCCCUGGCAGACCCUCCUCUGACCCAGUGCGGCCGAAGCCCCUGGACGCCUCCCUGCAGUCACCAUGGGAACCGUGCUGUCUUUGUCACCUAGCUACCGAAAGGCGGCUCUCUUCGAGGAUGGCCCGGCCACCGUGGGCCACUACACGGCUGUCCAGAACAGCAAGAACGCCAAAGACAAGAACCUGAAGCGCCACUCGCUCAUCAACGUGCUCCCGUGGAAGCGGAUUGUAGCGGUGUCAGCAAAGAAGAAAGGCUCCAAGAAGGUGCAGCCCAACGGCACCUACCAGAACAAUGUCACCCACCUGAACAAUGAGAACCUGAAGAAGUCGCAGUCAUGCGCCAACCUGUCCACCUUCACCCAGGACCAGAGCACUCCGGCUCUCACCAAGACCUCCAACAACACAGCAUCGUCCGUCAAGAAGGCACCUCUGACCAACUCCAAUGUGGCCCCGGGGACCCCUAAGAGAGUGAUCGUCCAGGCCUCCACUAGCGAGCUGCUGCGUUGCCUCGGGGAGUUUCUGUGCCGGCGUUGUUACCGGCUCAAACACCUGUCACCCACUGACCCAGUGCUGUGGCUGCGUAGCGUGGACCGCUCCCUGCUGCUGCAGGGCUGGCAGGACCAGGGCUUCAUCACCCCUGCAAACGUGGUCUUCGUCUACAUGCUGUGCCGCGACGUGGUCUCAUCCGAGGUGGCCACGGAGCACGAGCUGCAGGCCGUGCUGCUCACCUGUCUCUACCUUUCUUACUCCUACAUGGGCAACGAGAUAUCCUACCCUCUCAAGCCUUUCCUUGUGGAGAGCUCCAAGGAGACCUUCUGGGACCGCUGCCUGUCCAUCAUCAACCUGAUGAGCGCAAAGAUGCUCCAGAUCAACUCCGACCCGCACUACUUCACUCAGGUGUUCGCAGACCUGAAGAACGAGAGCCAGAAGGAGGAGGAGAGGAGCCGCCUGCUCAUCGGCCUGGACCGGUGAGGGGAUGCUGGGGGGGAGCAGAGGGGAGGUGGGGCAUACUCCAGUCUGGCAUUUUGACAAGUUUGAAAGAUAUUUGUGAUGCUAUUUAUUUAUUUAUUUAUUAUAGCCCAAACUGAAGUGGGACUAGGACAAUUAGGAAGCAUUUGUUUGUACUUUGCAAGACUGAAUUUUCAACUCUGCAGUGAUUUUCACACAUUUAAAACGUUUGCAUUGUGUUUGAGGGAGUUGCAAUGGUCACCUAAAAAAUUGGACUCUUUUUUGCCUCUCGAAGACAAAGCCAAAUUCUAUUUUCAAACAAGCAAAGGAUGGAUUUUCUGUCAACCCGAGAAUGAAAGCUUUUUUUUCCAACCAAAAAAAAAAAAAAAAUGCCAGACUUGGGUAAAUCCUUUGCUACAGAUAUAUAUCUAUAUAAAAAACUGAAAAUCUUAAAAAAAAAUUCAGACAAAAAAAACAAAACAACAACAAACAUUAGAAAUGGAAGCGUACAUCUACAGCAAUGAAUGUGGAGAGGACUGAGGCUGCGGCAGCCUAACCAGUGACCUUCUGACUGUUUGACGAUGUGAUGUGCACUGCCUACUGCAGGAGGGUGAGGGCCAUCGCCUGACUGGCUGGGCAUCACGGAUGAACAAGCACCUCCGGCUGCAAAAUCAUGGCUCUUUGGAACGCCACGUCCCCCCUCUAUUAAUACGGAUACCACUGGACAUUUUGUUGCGUCGAUGCAUAUCUGGAAGAACAGCAGGGGCCGUCUAUACUGGAUCCAUAUUUUGUGGCUCUACAACUGGACUUAUGGGAUGAUUGAAUGGACAAUAAGCAAAAACUGCAUUGUGGGACUUUUGGUGAGGAGGACAACAGCCAGAGGACGUAUGGCCCGUGAUGAAUGGUCGUACUGUGUGUUCAGAAAGACCUACUUUAUUUUCAUCUAGGGAAAAAAAUAAAACAAGUUAAUGGAUGUUUUACUCCCCAGAGGCUUACACCUGUGGAGGCUUAUUUAUUGCUUUUUCUGGAACAAGUUUUCUUUGAUUUCUUUCUUUUUU